UAACCAGUAAAUAAGUGAAUCUCAAAGUUCAUCCUUCAGACUGAUAAAGUGAUGGGCUCUGAAACUCAUCCAAAAGUUCCUGUCAUUGAUUUUUCCGGCGAAAAAUUGAAGCCUGGAACUUCUUCUUGGUCCUUGACAAGCAAAGACGUUCGGAGUGCACUAGAAGAGUACGGAUGUUUCAUAGCAGUGUACGAUAAAGUUUCAAAAGAGAUUGAAAACGCAAUUUACCAUGCAGGAAAAGAGGUCUUUGAGCUCCCGACAGAAACAAAAUUGAGAAACGUUGCUCAGAGGACUUACCAUGGUUAUGUGGGAGAUAUCUCCCUUGUCCCUUUGCAUGAAAGCACAGGCAUCGAUAACGCAACAACCGUAGAAGGAACAAAAAGAUUUACUGAUCUCAUGUGGCCCAAUGGGAAUGAGAAUUUCAGUGAGACCAUGCUUUCGUACUCAAAGCUAGUGGGGGAUUUAGAUCAAAUAGUACAAAGAAUGAUUUUUGAAAGUUAUGGUUUGGAGAAGUACUAUGACCCUCACAACGAGUCCACAUAUUACCUUCUUCGGCUCAUGAAAUAUAGAGUGCCUGAGACAAAUGAGAGUAAUAUAGGCUUUCGUGCUCAUACGGACAAGAGCUUCACUGCAAUCAUCCAUCAAAUUUAUAUUGACGGAUUGGAGAUCGCAACGAAGGACGACGAGUGGAUUGCUUGCGAGCUAUUGCCGUAUUCCUUUGUCUUCUUUGCUGGUGAUGCACUCUUGGGAUGGAGCAAUGGCAGAAUUCGUUCAGCUAGACAUCGAGUCGUUCUGAACACAAAAGAAGAGAGGUACUCAGUCGGGCUGUUUUCGUUCAGUGCUGGAAUGGUACAAGUUCCUGAGGAGCUGGUCGAUGAGCAACAUCCAAUACGGUUUCAGGCAUUUGAUCAUCAAAAGUUCCUUCGUUUCUUCGAGACGGAGGAAGGCCGGAAUGCUGAGUGUCCUAUCCAAGCAUACUGUGGUGCUUGAAAGUAGCUAUUUCCAUGUAGAUGAACCCUGUCAAGUUUAUGUGUGGAUUUGAUAAAAGUCUGUCAAGUUUAUAUUUGAGUUUGAUAACUAUAUGGCUUGGUUGUUAUGAAUACUGUUUGUGCGUUUUUAUGUAAGCCUGUAUAAGUUUUUUAUAUAUAUAUAUUAAUGUUGACAGGUUUCUUAAUAA